AUGUCGACUCCUCAAACCGCUACCGCUACCCUCGCCCCGAACCACUACCAGUCCCACCAGUAUCUUCCAGCCAUGACCGAGUACCCGUAUCCCCCGCAGCCAUAUGCCAACGGCUAUCCUCCACCAUCACGCACUGCCACAUCCACAUCCACCGCUACCGCAACUGCUGCCGCACCCUACCCCGCCCCGCCUUCCACCGCUGCUUCUUCAAAUGGCACUGCUGUCAAGAGAUCGAGGAACCACCCAGUCGAUUGGAACCAAUUCUUUGGCGGCAAGCCUCCCAAAGAGAUCAUAGUCAUUGACGAUGACGAUGACGACCAUCAAGAAACCCCCGCUGCCACUCAGCCAUACCAGAACCAGACAUCCACUGUACAACCCAGCACAAGUCAGCAGCACGUGGAGAAGCGCAGAAAAACGACAAAUUAUGAUCCCGUCUACCACCACGCCGAAUACUCGAAUACUCACACGCCUUACUACGACGCUGCCUCGACCGACCAAGGCCCACCAUCAUACAAGACGUCGGCUGCCACAUCUCUGGCCUCGCAGCCGAGUGCGAGUGCCUACGUCGAAGACGCUGCCACCGGUCAGAAGCGCAAGAGGACGACUCGUCAGGCCGCCGCCGAUCAGAAGAAGCGCGAAGUCAUUGCCCGUCCCGAUCCCUUCACCGAGUAUGUUCCUCCACCUAAGCCACCGCUCAAGGCCAAGGAUGUCUUCGUGCCGUUGGUACCAGACAGGACGGCCAAGCGCGAUCAAAAAGUUGACGAUGACGAUGGGCAUUACAUUGUCCACGACCACGCCGACUUGACCGAGCGAUACUCGAUCGUGAAGCUCCUCGGCCAAGGCACAUUCGGCAAGGUAGUACAAGCAUACGACCGAAGGAGAAACGCCGACGUGGCCAUCAAGAUCAUCCGUUCUGUGCAGAAAUACCGCGAUGCUAGUCGCAUCGAGUUGAGGGUCUUGUCGACUCUGGCAUGCAACGACAAGCACAACCGCAACAAGUGUAUCCACCUGCGAGACACAUUCGACUUCCGCAACCACAUCUGCAUCGUCACCGACCUCUUGGGCCAGAGCGUCUUUGACUUUCUCAAGAGCAACACCUUUGUGCCUUUCCCCAGCACUCACAUCCAGCAAUUUGCCCGCCAGCUUUUCACGAGCGUUGCCUUCCUGCAUGACCUCAAUCUCAUCCACACCGAUCUCAAGCCCGAGAACAUCCUUCUUGUACAAAACCACUACCAGACCUUCACAUAUAACCGCAACAUCCCUUCUUCAUCCAAUACAAAUCCCCGCUCAGCAAAGUUCCGCAGGGUGUUGCUCGAUCCCGAGAUUCGACUCAUCGACUUUGGUUCGGCUACCUUUGAUGACGAGUACCACUCAUCCGUCGUCUCGACCCGACACUACCGCGCUCCCGAGAUCAUCCUCAACCUUGGAUGGAGCUUUCCUUGCGACAUCUGGAGCAUAGGCUGCAUUCUCGUCGAGUUUUUCACAGGCGAUGCCUUGUUCCAGACGCACGAUAACUUGGAGCAUCUGGCAAUGAUGGAAGCCGUGUGCAACACUCCGAUUGACAAGGCUCUCGUCCGCCAAGUCACCUCUGGUCGUGGCAGUAACAAGAACUCUGCUGCAGCUUACUUCAGGCGUCAAUUACUCGACUACCCACAAAGCGACACUCCUCGCUCAUCCCGCAAGUUUGUCAAGGCGAUGAAACCUCUUCAUGUAAGCCCUCCCGUCCUCUCCGGGCUCAGAAACUUCCCCUGCCCCCCUAUUCCUUCGUCCUCUGCGGCGCCUCCUCGAGUCGCUCGUCCAACUAGCCUGCACCAAAACCAAUAUGCAUCAUACUUAUAUACUCUUCAGGAAAUCAUCCCGGCUCACAACGAGUUCAACCGCAAAUUCCUCGAUCUGCUCAAGAAGAUCUUUGUCUAUGAUCCAAAGAAGCGUAUCACGGCACAUCAAGCCCUGCAGCAUGACUGGUUCAAGGAACACUACGAAGACGACGGCACCGAAGCCGAGAAGAUCAAAGUCGAAAGACAGCGCGCCGCUCGCCUCGAGAAUCAGCGAAGUCAACAACACGAUCCACCAGUCGGUCAGCUCAAUCGGUGA